AUGUUGUUCGUCUUCGGGUUCUACUGGAUCCGGGAGUACGACUGCCGCUUCCCCAAUGCCGAGGAUGACGAUGUGGACCAGUCUAAAGAAAUCGAAAGGCCUGGGGCGAUUGUGUCUAAUCAUGUAUCUUAUGUGGAUAUUCUUUAUCACAUGUCAGCCUCUUUUCCUAGUUUUGUUACAAAGAGAUCAGUGGCAAGGUUGCCCCUAGUUGGUCUCAUAAGCAAAUGUCUUGGAUGCAUUUUUGUUCAGCGGGAGUCGAAAACAUCAGAUUUCAAAGGUGUUUCAGGUGCUGUAACAGAAAGAAUCCAGCGUGCUCAUCAACAGCAAAAUGCACCAAUGAUGCUACUCUUCCCUGAGGGCACAACUACAAAUGGGGAUUAUCUCCUUCCAUUCAAAACAGGUGCUUUUCUUGCAAAAGCACCAGUCAAACCAGUCAUUUUGAGAUAUCCUUACAAAAGAUUUAAUCCAGCAUGGGAGUCCAUGUCAGGGGCACGCCAUGUUUUUCUGCUCCUCUGUCAAUUUGUAAAUUAUCUAGAGGUGGUCCAUUUACCUGUUUACUAUCCUUCUGAGCAAGAAAAGGAUGAUCCUAAGGUUUAUGCAAAUAAUGUACGGAAAUUGAUGGCAGUGGAGGGAAACUUGAUUCUUUCAGACCUUGGGCUGGCGGAGAAGCGAGUGUACCAUGCCGCACUGAAUGGUAAUAGUCUACCUCGUGCUUUACAUCAGAAAGAUGAUUGA